AAAUUGAUUGUACUUUCUUAUUUUCCUUCCCUACAGGGAACUGGACAAUAAUGAAAUCUCCGGAAUAAUAGAAGAUACAAAUGGAGCCUUUGUUGGUUUGGAUGGUCUGAGCAAGCUAACGCUGUUUGGAAACGAGAUCAAAUCUAUAGCCAAAAAAGCAUUCAUAGGACUGGAGGCCCUCGAACACCUAAAUCUAGGAAACAAUAUGAUCAGAUCUAUCCAGGAAGAAGCAUUCACCAAAAUGAACAAUCUGAAAGAAGUAUCAAUGAACAGUGAUAGCUUUUUAUGUGACUGCCAAUUAAAAUGGCUGCCACAGUGGCUCAUUGGAAGAGGCUUCCAAUCUAGUAUAGUUGCUACAUGUGCUCAUCCAGAAUCACUGAAAGGCCAAAGUAUCUUCACUGUGCCUGCAGAAAGUUUUAUUUGUGAUGACUUUCCAAAGCCUCAGAUCAUAGUUCAACCUGAGACAACUAUGGCUAUGCUUGGCAAAGAUAUACGUUUCACUUGUUCUGCAGCAAGCAGUAGCAACUUUCCGAUGAUAUUUGCCUGGAAGAAAGAUCAUGAAAUUCUUCACAAUGCUGAGAUUGAGAACUUUGCACAUGUGCGGGCAAAAGAUGGUGAAGUAAUGGAGUACACAACCAGUCUUCUUUUAAGAAAAGUGAAAUUUUCAGAUGAGGGAAGAUAUCAGUGUAUUAUAACUAACAACUUUGGCUCGACCUACUCCAAUAAAGCUAAGCUUACAGUAAAUGUGUUACCAUCAUUUGUUAAGACUCCAAGAGAUAUUACGAUUCGAACAGGAGCCAAUGCUCGUCUUGAAUGUGCUGCCACUGGUCAUCCGACCCCACAAAUUGCAUGGCAGAAGGACGGUGGCACAGAUUUUCCUGCUGCUAGAGAAAGGCGAAUGCACGUGAUGCCGGAAGAUGAUGUUUUCUUUAUCGUAGAUGUCAAAAUUGAAGACAUGGGAGUUUACACUUGUACAGCUCAAAAUAUUGCUGGGGCCGUUUUGGCCAAUGCCUCACUAAUGGUGUUGGAAACCCCAUCAUUGGUUUACCCCCUUGAAGACCAAAUUGCAGUGAUUGGUGAAACUAUAGCUCUGCAGUGCAUGGCAUCAGGAAGCCCAUCUCCACGGAUAACUUGGUUAAAAGGUGAUGAGCCCCUUGUGGUUACAAAGAGGCAUCAUUUCACCUCUGGAAAUCAGCUGCUCAUCAUACGAAAUGUGGUAUUGGAUGAUGGGGGUAAAUACACAUGUGAGAUGUCUAACACACUUGGCACAGAGCGAGCUCAUAGCCACCUCAGCGUUUUACCAUCAUCAAGCUGUGUUGUGGGACAAAGCAAAAAAGAUGGAACUAUGACUGUUGGUAUUGUCAUCAUUGCUGUAGUCUGCAGUAUUGUAAUAACUUCACUGGUAUGGGUAUGCAUCAUCUAUCAGACCAGGAAGAAGAGUGAAGAAUACAGUGUUACCAAUACAGAUGAAACCAUCGUACCACCUGAUGUACCAAGUUACCUAUCUUCUCAAGGGACAUUGUCUGAGCGUCAGGAGACAUGCGUCAAGAUAGAUGAGAGUAGCAAUUUGCAAUUAGCAGCAACACUUCCUCAUGGACGUAUGGAGAGCAGUGGUACGGUGAGCAAUGGUACAUGUCAGUCUGAUGCUGGAAGCUGUGUAGAAGUGGCAUCCCAUAAUGUUAACGAUGGAUGUAAACAUGUAGCAGGAGGAAGGCUGGGAUCGGUAAAAACAGAACAGUUUGAUUCUACCAACAUUUACUCCAAGGAACAUAAAUGGUCAAAUCAUGCAUAUGAGAAUCAUGGUACAGAGCGGAAUAGAGUAGACAAAGGCAUUUUGAAUCAUUAUUUAUGCAAUGGAACUUCCAGUGGCCUAAGGGAGAAGCAAGGACUUGUAUAUCCUAGCAAUCAUGACAGGAUGGUGUCACAGGCACAAAAUGUAACACCUGUAAAGAUUGCUGAUACAAAAGGUUUGUCUUCCCAACCUGUACAGUAUUGUCAGGAACAUCAUAAGCCUGUACAACUUCCAUUGUUGGAGACCUCACGUCAUCAAUCAGUACCUUUGUGUGACAAACCUCAGACUGUACUGUGCAGUGGUGCUGAAGGUGACAUCAAACAGUCUUUACUACUGAAUGGACAGUUAUCACAAUCUUCAGACAUGGUCUGAAGAACAAGUAAAUUGAAUACAAACUUAUGCCUAUGCACUGAAAACAUAUUUUUGUUACUACCUCACCUUCUGUAAUGAAGAGUCAUGGCAGGACAGAGCUUGUAUGGGAACAAUCCUAUUUGAGCGUUCUUUAAUUGUUUAUAUUUUUAAGCUUCCAUAGGAAGUAUUUGUAGAUCAACAGUUGACUUGCAUUUAAAGCAUGUAAAUGCAGGGCAUAAUGUACAUAAGGGAAUGUUGUGCUUUUAUAUGUUUGUAUAUGAGUUUCUGUAUGUUUCUCUUGCAGAAGAUAUUUUAAACCUAUUUAGUGCAUGAAUAACUUUUUAGAAUUUUGAAACUAUUUCUCUUGGUUAUGUUGGUUGCUGUUCUUAAAUAUUGCAAAACCUACUGGUGCCUUAUUGCAAAGGGUCAUAAUGAAAGUAAUUACUUGUAUAAACACACUUACCCUUCCACUGAAUAUAAUUACCAUACUGGACAUGACAUUUCUAGGGAAAUGCUUUACAUUAUUUGACAAGGGUCUUACAGCCAUUAGCUAAGUACAUUUCUCCAGUGUUAUUUCCUUUGUAGUUUGGUAUAGAAAUUAUAGAAAAGUUACUCAUUGCCAUUAAAGCUCAAGUUUAAAUUCUGUGACUGCGAAAUAGAGGACUGUGUCUGUUAUCAGCCACUAGGACACUGGAGAAAUUGAAAUAUGUACUGUGUCCAGAUCAGUUGGAAAAGAGUUCUUGUUAGUUGUUGAUUUUGAAAAACUCGUAAACUGCAUUAUUAGAAAAAAUAACAUUUGUGUUAACCAAAUAUUGUUUGCUGUAGUCUCUACUUGCCAAUUUUGUUCCUUAGAGAUCACAGUAAAAAACACUAAUCAGUUGCAGAAAUUGCAAACAAAUGUAAAAGAACUAAGAUCUUGGAAUUAAGUUAAAAUUCUAUUGAAAUAAUGUUACCCUUCAAGUAAAUAUUCUCCAUGCUGAAUCUGCCUCAAACACAAUAGGUACAAUUGUGUGACUAUUAAACAUUGCCAGAAAGGACACAGCAAAGCUGCUCAAUGGAGGCAAACAGAGGAAAGAAGUGUUACUUCUCUGCACAAAUAUUUAUUUAUACGAUUUGUUAAAAUAUAGAAGUGUCUAACAAAGAUGUCUAAUAAAAAUCAUUUAUAAUACAAAA